UGAUCAUAAAUGGCUGCUUCACUUCGUAGCAAGAAGAGUACACGGAAAUGUGUACAGCAGUUUAAACGUGCGUUAUUGAUAACUUAAAACAAAUUAACUGCUUGUUGGCUAUUUAUAGGCAAAUAAUUACACGUAGAAACAAAUGUAAAGUAGCAUAUAUCGUUUUGUUGGUUUAUGAUAAAAGUAAACGCAGUAGCUUUUAUCAAAAAUGGACUGUCAACAUCGAGGAAGAGGAAGACGAGGAAACCGAGACAGUGAGAGCAGAGAUAUGCGCCUGUCCAAAUCUAUGACUUAUGCAUUACGCCACGGUGCAAGUAAGAUGGGUCUAAAUAUGAACUCAGAUGGCUUUGUAUUUGUGGAGGAACUUCUUGCUCAUCCGCAGUUCCGAUUGUUUUCAGUGGAGGAUGUGGAAAGAGUGGUGGCCACCGAUGAUAAGCAGCGAUUCAAGCUUUGCAACCACCCUAAUAAUGGGCGUCUACAGAUACGAGCCAAUCAGGGUCACUCGAUGCAGGUCGCUGAUCUGGAGUUGAAAGCAGUAUCACUUGAUGAUCCGAAUUGUCCAAGAGUAGCUGUUCAUGGUUCAUACAUGAAACACUGGCCCUCUAUAAGCAGCCAGGGCCUCAGUCGAAUGAACAGAACUCACAUACACCUGGCACCUGGGCUACCUGGAGAGGGCGGAGUUAUCAGUGGUAUGAGACAGAACUGUGAACUGGCUGUGUACAUCAAUGUCCCAAAAGCAAUGUCAGAUGGGAUUCAGUUCUUCUGGUCAGAAAAUGGGGUGCUAUUGACCCCUGGAGAUGCUGCUGGGAUUUUAGCACCAUGCUAUUUCUGUCGGGCACAAAGACUGAAGCCGUCACCUUGUGAAAUUGAGCUACAUUAGCUUUUGGAGUGGAUUUCUUUCUGAACAUACCUUUAAAACAUGUUUACGUGUCUACUUAACUUCAAGACAUUGAUGAAAGUCAUCAGCAUCUACUGGGAGUGGUUCUUCUCUUCUCAAACGUUUGGAAACAUUAUAGUGUGUGGUCUGUAAAAAAAUAAAAACAUAAAAUGUUAUUAAAUGCUCAAAGAAUAUCCAAAACCUUUUUACUUUUAUGAAACAAUGGCUGCAUUAGACACUUUUUACAUGUGAAGCCCAUUCAGUUAAGGAUUACAUUUUCUGGUAUAUUUACAAUAUUCACACUUGCAACACAUCAGCAUAUAAAUGUAAAUAAAACUGACUUGGAGAGAA